UUUUACUAAAAUUGAUUAAAAAUAUUCACCAGCCGUGACUGACAAAUUAUUGCUUAAGUGUUUGUUUACAGUUACUAAAUUGAAAUGGGUUUGGGCGAAUCACGGUAGCAAACCUCUUCGAAUCUGUUGUCGAUGUAAUCUUGGUAGCCAAUCGAGAAAGAGCUGAGAGUUACGUCACCGCGUUCAGAAAAUUUCUGGUAGUCACGUAGUUAUGGCAGACAGACUCCUCGCUGUUCUUGUUGCCGAUAUUUUUUGAAAGAUUUAGAAAGCAGAUGUCAUUCUUCACAGUUUCUUUCGGACCGAACUCUGGUUCUGUUUUUGUUGCCCGAAAGGCGAGCUAUAAGCACGUUAGCUAGAAAGUAGGCGGGUCCUUGAACGGCUUCCUGUGCUGCUAUUGGUUUAAACUGUUGUUGGUAUGGUUUAAAUGUCUGGCGGUGAUAAACAAAGCGCUUGUUUAAACCGGGACAAGAUGGUGACUAAAAGGAUCCGCUCUGAGUACAUGAAGAAGUUCAAAGACCCCAAAUGGGAGACUUACACCAAGUGCUAUGAAGAGAUGCUGGCCUACAGGCUGACCCGGAGGCUGCUGGAGCACACACACAACCCCUGGUUCUGGAACGGCUCGGACAGCGACUCGGACUCAGGAGGAAGGAGCCCUUCUCACCCCAGUAAGAACCAGGUUGAAGCCGGGGGAGGCCGAGCGGAAACAGAGGAGCCUGAGGGGGUCAAGACGGACAGACAGCAGGAAACCAGAACCACCGGAGCUGGACCUAGGCCUACUGUCCAGAAUGAGGAGCAGAUCAGGCCUGACCCACAGUCUUCAGCACACAGUUCGCAGUGUGACGAUACCAGGGAGCCAAACAAAGCAGUCCAGGGAGAGGAAGAGGAGUUCUCUGCUCCACUCCGAGACAAAGAAAAAGAGACGAGAGCAGCCCGACCUCACCAAAGAAAACCCUCCAAAUCAACGAGACCAGCCUGGCGCUCCCAGCGCGUGAGGCCUGUACGACAGCUCAAAGAGGACACAAAGGAGAAACGACAUCCGUUCGCACUGUAUGGCUCAGGAGAAAAGGAUGCAGACGUCGCAGAUAGGAAGACUCACAACGUUGGUCCUGCAGCUUCUACUGCUGAGAUUCAUGAAUCGGCUCUGCGUGCUAAGACCAGGCGGCAGGUGGAGCGGCAGAUCCAGUCCCGGCGACCUGAGCGGCGUCGGGCCAAAUCAGAGGAGCCAAAUAAAGCCGGGAUGGCGGUUCAGCCCGAGUUCAACCCCUGGCUCACCGAGUACAUGCGCUGCUUCUCCGCUCGCUCCCGAUAGGACAGCGGCCGAACAUCAGCACCAACAAAGUCAUUCCUGCCUCUAGAAACAGCGGAAGUUCAGGCACACGGCACAUUUUACAUUCUCUGAGUCUCACUGCGACUUGUCUUCAUGGAAAACAUCUCAAACUCAGGGAUUUUAUACAAGAUGGAGGACAAUCAUGGAAGAACGGUUUUGGUAAUUUUACGACGAACUGAAGUUUUGUCACAUAAAGACAUUUGGUAACGCUUGAAUUUGAAGGACUGUGCAUAAUGCUGCGUUCACACCGAACGCGUUUCGCGCGUCAAAAACGCCUGAUGCUUCAAAUUCGAUGCACUUUGAAGUCAGACGCUUGACAUUUUGCUCUAGAUGUCAGUUGCGUCAAAACCGCUCUAGUCGUGCGUUGAGAGGAGACUCCUUGGCAUACGUGUCCCUCAAACUCUUCCACCGUCUCCUGCGCGUUUCGUCUAAAUAAAUACAACGUUUAUUUAAAGUGUUUCAACGUUUUUGCUGGAGGGAUUUGAGGUAGCUCAAAUGCAGGGGAAUAUUUUCCAAUAGUUAUAACUUACUCAACAUUUCAACUUCCUCGCCGAUCCCAAGUCAGGUCCUUUCUUUUCCUGUCUGUGUAGUCAUAGCUCGAUUGGUCGUAGAUUACAGGUCGAGAGCAAACGGCAAAUUGUUUAUUCUCCACAGGUUUAUUUUUCUGAGAUCACGUCGGAAAAUGCAAAACUACGAGCGGCGAAAGUUCAGAUUUUCCAGCUCCAGCGGUGGAUGCACCAAACGCUUAAGACGCUCGAAACGUUUCAAAUCGCGCAGCUCUUGACGCGCUUCGAUGCGUCUCCACGUAGAAAACCAGACGCGCCUGGCGCUCUAGACGCUUUGGUGUGAACAUGAGGGAGACGUAAUGACUGUUUAUGACUGCUGUAAUGAAGUUUAAUUAGGUAAAUAAUGACUUUUAAUGAACGUUUUAAUUGAACUUUGCAUUACGAAUGUAAUUAUUUAACAAAUGAAAUUUUUGACAACAUUCAGUCUUAUGCACAUCAGUUCAAAUGAAGCGAUACCAGACAUUUAAAUUAGUGUUAGGAGUUCUCAUUGAAUCUUACUGCCAUACUUUGACGCAAAUCCUGAAAGACAUCCAGUAAAAGGACGACUUUGUCAUGGAGAUGAUAAUCUACAGGGGAGCGACUCGUGGGUAAAACAAUCAGAGGAAGAUUCUUGUUCUUGAAGAAACUUUUGAACUUAUAUGAUCAAUAAUUCGAGGAUUGAAUGUGGCCAGAAGUUUACAUACUCACCGUUUUGUUAGGGUGGAAAGAGGAGGCAACAUAUAGCAAGAAGAAAGUGAUCAGGUUUUAAUUAGUUUAGGAUUUUAAUUCUUAUUCCCAAGAAGAGAGGAGGAGGACCAGCAGGAGGCGCUGCAGUCCCCAACCUGCAGACUCACCCUGACGUCAAGGGUUUUUUUUAAAGUGUCAGAAUUACAACUUGUAACACUGUUGGUUCUGGACGUGGUGAGAAAAGAGACAGAAAGUUUCCUCCGUCUGCCUGGAAGAGGCUCAUCAGCAGGGGAAAUACCCAGAAUGCAUCAGGAACACCUGGUUUUAUUUAAAAAUGUUCUCACAAAUUAUUGAGACUCAUACCUGCUUCCUUGAAAUUGUGAAACAUUUCCUGUCGUCACCAUCUCUGAUUUGACCUUGAAGGGAUUUUAUUCUUUUUUCCGACUCCUUUUGUUUUUGUUUUUUUUGUCUUUCUUCAUCUGGUUAUUGUUCACAAAUUAAGACUGCUGGUUUAACUUC